UCUUGAAUCAACGCUCUUUGGCAGAAACCGUGGGAGCGCUCUAAUUGGCGGCCGUAAAAGAGAAAGGAAGUAUUUAGUUCCUUGCGAGGUUUCAUUGGAAGAGAAAGUCGCAGAUCGUUGAAGCGCAGUUUUUUAUUUUUAGUCAGUACAGGUUUUUAAUACAACAAUAGCAAAAUCUCGGCUUUUUGACAAUGGCUUCUUUCAACAAGGGUCCUGCCUACGGGUUAUCGGCUGAAGUGAAAAACAAGAUUGCACAGAAGUACGACCCUCAGAAGGAGGACGAGCUAAGGAUCUGGAUCGAAGACAUCACUGGUCAUUCCAUCGGCCCCGACUUCCAGAAAGGCCUGAAGAAUGGAGUCAUCCUGUGCGAACUCAUCAACAGGCUGCAACCAGGCUCUGUGAGGAAGAUCAACCAGUCGUCGCUGAACUGGCAUCAGCUGGAGAACCUCACGAACUUCAUCAAGGCCAUCACAGCGUACGGCCUGAAGCCUCAUGACAUCUUUGAAGCCAACGACCUGUUUGAAAGUGGCAACAUGACGCAGGUCCAGACCACGCUGCUAGCCCUGGCCAGCAUGGCCAAAACCAAGGGCUGCCAGUCACGCGUGGACAUCGGGGUGAAGUACUCUGACAAGCAGGCGAGGAUGUUUGAUGACGAGAAGAUGAAGGCAGGACAGUGUGUCAUUGGUCUACAGAUGGGAACCAACAAAUGUGCCAGUCAGGCAGGCAUGAAUGCCUACGGCACAAGGAGGCACCUUUAUGACCCUAAAGUUCAAAUCCAGCCACCAAUGGACAACACAACCAUCAGUCUGCAAAUGGGAACCAACAAGGGCGCGAGCCAGGCUGGGAUGACUGCUCCCGGGACGAGGCGUGCCAUCUACGACCAGAAGCUCGGCACCGACAAGUGCGACAACAGCACCAUGUCCCUGCAGAUGGGCUACAACCAGGGAGCCAACCAGAGCGGCCAGAACUUCGGCCUGGGGCGGCAGAUCUACGACGCCAAGUACUGUCCUAAAUCUGGAGAGGUCGAGGACGAGCAUAACGGGGCAGGUGGCAACCAAGACUACAUCCCAGAUUACCAAGACGAGGGUUAUCAAGGCUACCAGGAAGAGGAGCAGGCGUACCAUGGGGACGGGACGGAUUACUAGGAAGGAAGGAAGGAAGGAUCUGCAGGAAGAUCUCAGCAGAAGCGUUUUUAUUUUCAUAGGAUGUUGCACCUUUUUAGGUCUUGUCCUUUUUUAGUAUUGUAUGAAAUUGUUCUCUUAUUUGUACAAAACCAUUGUUACACAUAUCAUGAUGGGUUGUAUGUCUGUGAUUUUAGCCUUUUUUUAUUUUUUGUUUAAAUAUUUAAAGAGACCAUAAAAGCUCAUCUUUUUGGCUUAGUUUUUUAAUUUAGUGUGCCAAAGGCCCAUUAUUACUUGUUCUUCUGUGGACUUUUGCGGACUCAUUACUUUCAUUUUAAGGGACAUCCCCACGUUUUUUAAGGGCAACAUGCAACUAAAAGUGAAACAUUAGCGUGUUCUGAGAAAGUGUCAGCCCCACGUGUUUCUGAAACGUCUGUAUCAUCUGUGUAAAUGAAAUGAAUUAGUCCUGUCAAUGAAAAUGUACAUUUGUACGUGUUACUGCUUCAGCGUUGUCUUCAUCUCUUCAGUAUUGGUCAACCACACAGUAGUAGAGCAGCUUCGGUCAUUCAGACCGAUGAGGGAACAAAAUGGAUUCUUUAGAACAAAUCCUUUCUAUCUCUUUCUUCCAUCUUUCCUCCAGCUCAUUUCUACACUCUUUCUUUAAUGGACGAAAUAUUUCCUUUGUUUGCAUAACCAGUCCAGCUGGAAUUAAGCGUGUUUUGUUUGGACGAAAGACUGUGCAGUGGAGGAGUGGAUAAAACCAUAUUCAAGUGAAGUUUUGAACAUUCCAAGCAAGAAUACUGGAUUCUCUUUUAUUUGAGUAGCGAUUGGUUGAUAUGUGAACCUAUUCUAUGAUUAUAUUUAAUCAUUUAAGAAUAUUAUUUAUGCAUAUUUGUGAUUUGAAUAGGGGCUGUUUUAUACCCUGACUCUGAGUAACAUUUAAAAUUAGACUCUAGUUUUCUUCUUAAAUAAUUUUUAUACCAAUGGAAAAAAUUUUCAAAAGUAUGUUGUUAUUGUGAAUACGGUGUAAUAAAGAUGUGUAUUCAUUA